AUGGCCUGCCAUCAAAGGUCUACAAGUCUGCCUUCUUUGCCUCACUCCACUGAAUCCAACGUGGAGCAAGAGCUGCAGACCCUGAAACCUCGCAUCUCGUCGCCUUUGGCAACCAUUGACACCACGUGCGAUGGUCUGAGGCAGCUUGGGGACCUCUACAGCUGCUUAGAGGAGAUGCUGUGCUUGCCCAGCAACCAAGCCUUGACGCAGCAAAGGAAGAUGGCGGAGGAAGAACUCGACAGGUCUCUCGUGAUGAUCGAUCUCUGCAGCGCCAUGCAAGAGAGCUUGGCGGAGCUGAAGACGGGCGUCCAGGAGCUGCGCCUGGUGCUCAGGAGAGGAGACGACGCAGCUGUCCAGCUCAAAAUCGAGUCGUUCGUCCGUCUGGCGAAGAAGGCACACAAGCCUCUGAAGAAGACGACCAGCAAGGCUACUGCUGAAGGUUGCAGAGUGGUCAGACUAAUGGCAGAAGCCAGAGAGACGGCUGUCUGUCUGCUUGAAUCCGUGUCGCGGCUCUUGCCGGAGCAAAUUGGCCGUAGUCCAAACGCGAGCAAAUGGUCCCUUGUGUCCAAGAGGUUCCAGAAAAGAAAGGUUGUGUGCGAGGAGCGGCAGUUGCGGGCGCUUGAGCGCAGCAUGGGAGACCUUGGAGAUGGUGUGGGUAUUCUGUUCAGGAGGUUGAUUCAGAGCAGGGUUGCUCUUCUGAACAUUCUUAGCUCAUAG